GUCACAUGACCGCGACUGCUUGAAAGGUCCUGCGGCGCUGGAUGUGAUCUCUGUUAAAGCGCCAAAUUUGAAGGUUCCGCCAUUUUUAUUGUGAGAGCGACCGAAAGACACGACAACAACAACAUAACUGGGGACACGGAGGAGGAUGGCGCCGGGGACAAAGAGUGACCUAGUUGAUGUUCCUACCUGCUUAACAAGCCCUGAAGGUGAUGCCAUAAAAGUAUUUGUAAGAAUUCGGCCCCCUAUUGAAGGAAGCCUGGGCAAUGAUGGUGAACAGGGGCUGUGCCUCUCGGUAUUGUCUCCCAACAGGAUUCGCUUGCAUUCCAAACCUGAGCCAAAGGUUUUUACAUUUGAUAAUGUGGCGAAUAUGGAUGCAACUCAGGAGUCAGUUUUCUCAUGUGUGGCAAAAAAUAUUAUUGAAUCCUGUAUGAAUGGUUACAAUGGCACAAUUUUUGCCUACGGGCAGACUGGUUCAGGAAAGACCUUUACAAUGCUAGGACCAUCUGACUCGGAUAACUUUACUCAUAACAUGAGGGGGGUUAUUCCAAGGAGCUUUGAGUAUUUGUUCUUCUUAAUAAAUCGUGAGAAAGAAAAG